AUGGCUCCGAAGACUGGAAAAGCGAAACCUCAUAAAACGAAAGGAGAGAAGAAGAAGAAGGAAGAGAAAGUUUUGCCAACUUUGCUGGACAUAACUGUUGAGACGCCGGACUACUCCCAAGUCACGCUUAAGGGAAUCUCGACGGAUAGGAUAUUGGACGUCCGGAAACUUUUAGCGGUCAACGUCGAAACGUGCCAUUUGACCAACUACUCCUUGUCUCACGAGGUCCGAGGCGCCAGGUUGAAAGACUCGGUGGAAAUUGUCUCCGUGAAACCUUGCCACCUCACCAUCGUCGAAGAGGACUAUACGGAAGUACUCGCCGUCGACCAUGUCCGACAACUUCUAGACAUCGUUGCCUGCACAACCUCCUUUGGCUCUUCUUCGUCUUCUCCCAAACAUGGUGGACGAUCGAGCCCAAAAGAAUCCGGUCCAGCUGGUCCAAAGGAACCCAGCUCGAAUGGUGGCGCAGCCUUGGUCGAUUUACUUGCAGACAAUAGUGCUGAACCCAGUUCUAAACUCAAAGCAGAGACCAAGAAAUCAAAUGUUACUGUUGAUGAUGGAAAUCACAAACGGGGAAGAGGCACUAAUGUUAAUAACGAAGGUAAGUCGGAAGCUACGGUUGCCGUUGAUACUGCGACGGAAGGAACGGACAAGGGUGAUAUUGCGACAAUGUGCCCUCCACCAAAGCUGGGGCAGUUCUACGAUUUCUUCUCGUUUUCGCACCUUACGCCGCCGGUACAAUACAUUAGAAGGUCUUUCCGUCCGUUCCUUCAGGAUAAAACCGAAGAUGAUUUCUUUCAAAUUGAUGUUCGGGUUUGUAAUGGGAAACCAGUGACAAUCGUUGCUUCCCGAAAAGGAUUUUAUCCUGCAGGGAAACAGCUUCUAAGAAGUCACUCCCUGGUUGGUUUGCUGCAGCAAAUUAGCCGUGCUUUCGAUGCUGCUUACAACUCGCUCAUGAAAGCUUUCACGGAGCACAAUAAGUUUGGGAACCUUCCUUAUGGUUUCAGAUCAAACACGUGGGUUGUUCCUCCCGUUGCUGUGGAUAGCCCAUCUACUUUUUCCCAUCUUCCCGUGGAAGAUGAAAACUGGGGAGGAAAUGGAGGUGGUCAAGGCAGAGAUGGAGAGCAUGAUCAAAGGCCGUGGGCAAGGGACUUUUCAGUUCUGGCCACUAUGCCUUGCAAGACAGCAGAGGAAAGACAAGUCCGAGAUCGAAAAGCCUUCUUACUUCACAACUUAUUUGUCGACAUUUCAAUCUUUAAAGCUGUUGCAGCUAUACAGCAUCUUAUUGACAGUAAUAAAUGCUAUCCAAAUUGUCCCGCUGCUUUGCAUGAGGAAAAAAUUGGUGAUUUGAGAAUUUCAGUAACAAGAGAUAUGCCUGAUGCAAGUACCAAGUUGGCUGGCAAAAAUGAUGGAAGUCAGGCUCCAGGAAUGACACUCAAGGAGCUUGCACAGAGAAACUUACUGAAAGGGAUAACUGCAGAUGAGAGUGCAACAGUUCAUGAUACUGCUACUUUAGGUGUUGUGGUAGUUAGAUAUUGUGGAUACACAGCUGUUGUGAAAGUUCCAGUUGAAGUUAAUUGGGAGGGCAGCCCUAUGCCUCAGGACAUUGAAAUUGAGAACCAACCUGGUGGAGGUGCCAAUGCCUUGAAUGUCAACAGCUUGAGAAUGCUACUAAACAAAGUUCCUGCAACUCAAACAUCAAGUGGAAUUCACCGGUCACAUAAUGCAGAUGUUGAAGAUUUAAGAUCUUCUAGGUCUUUGGUAAGAAAAGUACUAGGAGACAGCCUGGCAAAGUUGCAAGAAGAAACCAAUAAACAGAGGAAGUUUAUCAGAUGGGAGCUUGGAGCAUGCUGGGUGCAACAUUUGCAAAAUCAGGCUUCAGGGAAGACUGAGUCCAAGAAAACUGAAGAAGCUAAGGUUGAACCAACUGUCAAGGGUCUUGGGAAACAAGGAGGGCUUCUCAAAGAAAUUAGGAAAAAGAUAGAUGAGAAGAGUAGCAAAAGUGAGCAGGCAAAGGAAAGUCCUAUGUGUAAUGGAGACGAGAGCAAGAAAUCAGAUACAUCUGAUCAUAAGGAAUUAGAAAAACAAUAUUUGGAAAAGGAAAUGAUGUUGAAAAAGUUGCUCCCUGUAUCAGCAUUCCAGCGUCUAAAAGAAUCAGAAACUGGUCUUCACCUCAAGUCACCAGAUGAAUUGAUUGAGAUGGCACAUAAAUACUAUGCUGAUAUUGCCCUUCCGAAACUGGUUGCAGAUUUUGGCUCCCUUGAACUUUCCCCGGUUGAUGGGAGGACAUUAACUGACUUCAUGCAUACGAGGGGUUUGCAAAUGUGUUCAUUGGGACGAGUGGUUGAACUUGCAGACAAGCUCUCUCAUAUACAGUCACUCUGUAUACAAGAGAUGGUUGUUCGAGCUUAUAAGCGCAUACUACAAGCAGUUAUUGCAGCAAUUGGUGAUGUAGGUGACUUGGCUGGGUCUAUAGCCUCAUGUUUGAAUAUCUUGCUUGGAACACCUUCCGCUGGAAGCAUUUCUGCAGACAUAAGUAACGAUGAUAUCCUCAAAUGGAAAUGGGUAGAAACCUUCCUCUUGAAGAGGUUUGGAUGGCGUUGGAGAAAUGAGAGGUGCCAGGAUUUGAAGAAGUAUGCCAUUCUUCGCGGGCUAUGCCACAAGGUGGGACUUGAGCUUGUUCCUAGGGAUUAUGAUAUGGACACUCCAUCUCCUUUUAGGAAAUCAGAUAUUAUUAGCAUGCUUCCAGUAUAUAAGGUAAUAUACAUGAUUUCAUUAUGUUACACUGAUUUUGACUAUAGUAAGGAUCUUAUGGAAAGCUUUAACGCUGGUAAUUCUGUAAUACAGCAUGUACCAUGCUCAUCUGCAGAUGGGCGUACGCUAUUGGAAUCCUCCAAGACUUCAUUGGACAAAGGAAAAUUGGAAGAUGCUGUUAAUUAUGGUACUAAGGCACUCUCGAAGCUUGUGGCAGUAUGUGGUCCUUACCAUCGAAUGGCAGCAGGAGCAUAUAGUCUUUUGGCUGUAGUGCUGUACCACACUGGGGAUUUCAACCAGGCAACCAUCUAUCAGCAAAAGGCGUUGGAUAUCAAUGAGAGAGAACUUGGCCUUGAUCAUCCAGAUACAAUGAAAAGUUACGGGGAUCUUGCUGUUUUCUACUAUCGGCUUCAACAUACAGAAUUGGCCUUGAAGUAUGUCAAUCGUGCUUUGUAUCUUUUGCAUUUAACUUGUGGGCCCUCACAUCCAAAUACGGCUGCAACCUAUAUUAACAUUGCAAUGAUGGAAGAAGGCUUGGGAAACAUUCAUGUCGCUCUUAGGUAUCUACAUGAGGCUCUAAAGUGUAACCAAAGACUGCUGGGAGCUGACCAUAUACAGACUGCUGCCAGUUAUCAUGCCAUCGCAAUUGCUCUGUCUUUGAUGGAGGCAUACUCAUUAAGUGUUCAGCAUGAACAGACCACUUUACAGAUACUAAAGGGCAAGCUUGGAUCAGAAGAUCUCCGUACUCAGGAUGCUGCUGCAUGGCUUGAGUACUUUGAAUCCAAGGCUCUUGAACAGCAGGAAGCUGCACGCAAUGGUACCCCGAAGGCUGAUGCUUCUAUAGCAAGCAAAGGUCACCUAAGUGUGUCCGACCUUCUAGAUUACAUAAACCCAGAUGCUGAUCUGAAAGGGAGAGAAAACCAAAAGAAGCAAGCCCGUGCAAAGAUCAGAGGAAGACACUGUCAAAACCAGUGGGACACAGCCACAGAUGACUAUCAGAAGGAUGAAACAUUUGCACCGACUUACCUUGCGAUGGAGACCUAUAGUGACAAGGAAAACAAAACAGAAGCUCAGUUAGUGGAGUCUAAUGAUGAGAAACCUAUUAUCAGUCUUGCAGAUGGGUCCGCACUGAACCAUCAGGAUGACCAUCCAUCAAAGCUAGAUACUUCUGAUGAAGGAUGGCAAGAAGCUGUUCCAAAGGGUCGACCUGCAGGUCGUAAGUCCUCUAGCUCAAGGAGGCCAAGCCUAGCAAAACUGAACACGAACUCCGUAAAUGUCUCAGAAUCUGCAAGAUACAGAGGAAGGCCUACCAAUUUUCAAUCCCCAAGAACAUCUCCAAAUGAGGCUACUGCUAUGACAGCUCCUGCUGUUCCUGUUCAGAGGAAGUUAGUAAAGAGUUCAAGCUUCAGUCCAAAGCUCAACAACCCUGCCACUUCAGGUAUAGCUGCAGAAAAAUAUUUAUACCCAAAAUCAGCUCCGGCUAGCCCUGUUCCCACUGGACAACCCACAAAAUCUGCUUCUCUGAACAGUCCAAUCAGUGUUCAGUCAGCUGGAAAGCUCUUAUCAUACAAAGAGGUUGCAUUGGCUCCUCCUGGGACAAUAGUGAAGGCUGUAAUGGAGCAGCUACCAAAGGGAAAUCCUACUGAUGAGCAUAACCCAGAGGAAAGAAAGGAAAAUAGCAUUACUGAAUCAACACAAAUUGAGGAGGAGACGAUAGUAGAGAAUGGAGAUGAGGAAAAGGUUCAUAAUUGCAUUGAGAGAGAGCAUCAGCCACUGGUUUCUACGGAGGAAGUAAAGGAAUCUGUCAUCGAAAAUAAAGAAGCAGAAGUAAAUGAUGAUGUAGUAACCGAUACUCAACAAGAAAUAAAGGGUGUUUCUGUUGAAGAAACAAUUGACGGUGGGGAAGUUGCAGCUCUUUCGGAUAACAUUGAUUCUUUGAAGGUUCCAAAUGCAACUAUAGCUGAACCUGAAACUUCGGGUACAGAAGAAACCUUGAAGGAACAAUCAGCUACUUUAUCUGAUUUGGGACCUCAGUCUGUUUCAAGAGAUGUAUUGCAGUUACCAGGAUUAGAUGCAAGCACUGCUGUUGAAAAGCUGGCAGAGACAAGUGAAAGUCCAAAAGCUAUGUCAGAUGGAAGUGAGAAUGGGAAGGCUUCAUUAGCAGGAGAAAAGCAGGAGGAAGCUGAAACUGGGAAGGAGACGGCUAAAAAACUUUCUGCAGCAGCACCUCCAUUCAACCCAUCGAUGGUCCCCGUCUUCGGGUCAGUUCCUAUGCCAGGUUUCAAAGAUAAUGGUGGAAUUUUGCCUCCACCUGUUAAUGUUCCCCCUAUGCUGACUGUUAAUCCUGUUCGUAAGUCUCAUCAGUCAGCAACGGCCAGGGUUCCUUAUGGACCCCGUCUGUCAGGAGGCUAUAACCGGUCUGGAAAUCGGGUCCUCCGCAACAAACAUGGUUUCCAGAAUGGUGAACAUGCUGGGGAUGGGAAUCACGUCAGCCAUCCUAGAAUAAUGAAUCCACAUGCAGCUGAGUUCAUACCAGGGCAACCAUGGGUUGCAAAUAGUUUUCCAGCUUCUUCGCUUGCUGUUCCAGUACCUCCAAACGGCUAUCCAUCUUCUCCGCAUGGCAUUCUGGUCCCAUCUAAUGGCUUUCCAGCAUCUCCGAAUGGUACUCCAGUAUCUCCUGAUGGUUUUUCAGUGUCUUCAAACAGUUCACUUGAGUCUCCAACAGAUGAAUUAGUUGGAAAGAAAGCCGAAAUUGGGACCAAAGAGAAUGCUGUAAAGCUUUCACUGGAAGGGAAGGAGGAGAGGGAAAACUCACCAGAUGAGCAAAAGAAGCAAAAACAUCCAUCUGGAGAUGCUGAGGCGGCAAAUAUUGAAAAAGAACAAGAUCCUACUGUUACAGUCGCAGUUCCCGAGGACAUUGUGGUUGCAAAACAAACUUGCACCAAGGUAAGAGCCGAGGAGAAGCCAACAAAGUGUUGGGGAGAUUACAGUGACAGUGAAGCUGAGGUUAUUGAGGUGACGGGUUAAAAGGAGGAUCAUAAUUUUUUUCGAGAAAAUUAAUCUCACUUGCUUUGCAACUUAACGGAUGGUUGGUGAACACAAAGAUAAGAAAAAUAUGGACAGAGGUGUGGUGAAUUUGUUGCAGGAAAUGGGUGGCGAAGUGCGGAGAAAAUUGAAUUAGUUUUCUCUUUUAACCAAGUUUCUUGCAAGUUGAGCAAUGCAAUGAACUUUCAUGUUUCUAUAAGAUUUUGAAGUAGAGGCUGAGGAGAUCCGGCGAUAGAGAGAUUUCGAGUUAUACAAUGGUAUAUGAAAGAAAUCUACUGGAUAGCUGAAGAUGCCGUUUUGGUCGGUUACACUGGGAGUUAAGUUGUUCUUCUUUUUAUGCUUCGAAUUCAGGUUGGUUGUCUGAGUAAACAGUAACAAAAUUUUAAUGAUCUGGUUUAUCUAUAAGGUAAAUCUUCAGUUGAGGAGC